AUGAGAGUGGCUUUGAUACUGGGCACCCUGAGUGCUCUACUGUGCUUUGCCAGCGGCUUAAGCCCACCGGAGUCUAAUGGCGGCAAGGGCACUGGCUUUCCCAAGAAGGUGACCACGCUGAAAAAGCGACCCACCAAGACACCUCUCUCCACGAGCAGCAUAAGCAGCAGUAGUAGCUCCACCUCCAGCCAUGUGGCCACCACAAAACCCAGCAAGCCUCGAGUAAAAAUCGUCAAGUCUUCAGGCAUUAGGAGCAGCAAAAAGUCUCCUAAUCCUGUUCCAGCUCCUGUUCCAGCCUUGACCGAGUCCUUUGGCAAUCUGCCCGCCGAUGAUCUGGAGUUUAUCAAGGAACUGGACAAGCAAUUCAAGCUCCAUGGCGACAAGAUCAAGAUCAAGGUGGAGCGUGACAACUCCACCAGCAGCAGCAGCAGCAGCGGUGGCAAGAACAGCAAACGAACCAUCGAGGGAGACUUGGGAUAUGGCUACUCGCAUCCUGGCUAUGACUAUACGCCGCCCAAGUUCAUGUUCUAUCCAUACUCCCAGCACGAUAUACCCUCGGGCUUUGCCCAUCCCCAGCCGCUGCCCGAGGAGCAGGAGCAGGAGCCAGAGCCACAACAUCAACCGGAGGAGCAGCAUCAACAUCAUCAUCAACAGCAGCACAACCAGGAGCACGAGGUGACCAGCGUGACCAUAGAGCCCUCGUAUUCCUACGAGUUGAAACCACAAACCAGCUAUGAGACGCACACGGCUCCAGAGCAGCCGCAAAUAGAUUUGCCCCAAGAUGAGCCGGAGGGACAUGGACAAGGACACCAUCAGACAUCGGGUGGUGGCUAUCAAGAGCCAGUGAUUGUCUUGAGGAUACCGGGACCAGCCAAAUACGCUGCCCAUUUGCAGACCCUACUCCAACAGUAUCUGGAAAUUCGGGCAGCCCAGUAUUUGAGCCUGCUCCAGGAGGCAGAGCAACAGCAACAGCAGCAGCAUCAACAUCAGCAACAUGUGGUGGAACCGCAGCAAUAUGGACAGCCGGAGCCAGCUAGUUAUCAUCAGGAUGUAAGCUAUGCCCACCAGCUGGCCCCAACUCCAGCUCCCGUGCAAUAUGCACCCAUUGAUGAUGUCUACCAGAGCUACAAGGGGCGACACCAUCAUCACCAGCAGCAGCAGCAGCAACUUCAGCUGCAUCUCCACCAGCAACAGCAGCAGCAGCAACACUAUGAACCGCAGCAGCAAUACUAUGCCCCCAUGGAGUACCAGCAACCCACACAGUUCUACUAUGCCCAGCCCCAGUCUCAUCUGCAUCAGCAGCCGCAGCUCUACCUGAUAGCCAUGACCCAGCCGGAACCGGAACAGCAGCAGCCGCAUCCGCAUCAAUUGCAUCAGCAACAACAGCAACCGAUCUAUGUCCCCGAAGCGGAGGCUCCAUCGGCACCCGAACAGGAACCCGAACCGGAGCACAAUCUACCCAUUACAGAGAACAAUCCCAGGCCCACACACACCAAGGUCAUCUUCAAUCCCUAUCCCUACCAUCAGCAGCAACAGCAGCAGCAGCAGCCACAUCAGCUCCAUCAUCAGCAUAUCCCAGAGCAGGAACAGGAGCAGCAUGAAGCUGGAGCCGAGCUGGAGCCACCGCCGCCACCGGAAGGAGAGCGUCCCUUUAACUACCAUGCCCACUCCCACAGUCAUGGUCUGAAGAUGCGUCAGGGCAAGAGAGCAGCCAAGGCAGAGCCGGCUCCAGCUCCAGCGCCUGCGGCGGCACCUGCACCUGCAGCAUCGGGGGAUGCAAUGCAUCCUGGCGACAAGAGGCUGCAGCAGAUUAGGGAGUAUGUGAGGGAGAAGUUGGGUGCCGAGAUGGGUUCCGCUGUGGAGUACAAGACGACGCAGCUGCUGGAGGGUUAAGAACCCUUGAUGGAGAUUGGGAAUGGUGACUUACUAGGAGGAGAUUCACGGAUUGAAGGGAUGGCUACUUAGUGUUUGGCAAACAGAAGAGAUAUAGAUGUGACUUUUCAAGACAACAAAAAUUUACAAAAAUACUCAAUUAACUUCUUAAUGCCUUUUAAGGCAAUUUGAAAUAUGUGCUUUUGUUCAUAAAAGUAACUAAUG